AUGAGCGCCCGCAUGCAGAUUCCUCUGUCGCAGCGGCGACACACGAACGUGGCCGUCGUGCGCCACACAAAAAACGGUGUCAGGUUAGAGAUCGCGUGCUACAAGAACAAGGUGAUAUCUUACCGUGCCGGGAUCGAGACGCGCAUGGACGAGGUGCUGCAGGUGGAGCGCGUCUUCACGAACGUCUCCCGUGGUCUGUAUGCCUCGGAGAAGGAGAUCCAGACUGUCUUUGGCGAGGGAGCAAGCGAAAAGGAGGCAUUGCAGUACAUCCUCGACCACGGCGAGCUGCAGGUCGCACAGCAAGAACGUGCGGCGGAGAUAGACCAGAUGUUCAUUGACAUCGCGGUCAUCAUCUCGCAGAAGUGUCUAAACGAAGUGACACGGAGGCCCUUCCCCAGCCAGGUCAUUGAGCAGGCGCUGCGCUCCAUCGGCGCCGUGGUCAAGCUAGACCAGCCGGUAAAGAAGCAGGCGCUCGCACUAAUUCAUCAACUCAUGGAUGCGAAGAUAAUUCCCAUUGCACGCGCGCGGAUGAAGCUGCGCUGCGUCGCCCCUGAUGAGCCCUCGCUGGAGAGGCUUGUUGGGUGGUGCGAGUCGAACGACGCCUCCAUCCUCCGGAGGGUCACCGACGCCGGGGACGCGGAUGCCGCGGCGCACACACACUCGCUGCUGAUUCUCCUGCAGCCCCACCUGUUCCGCGAGAUUGAAAAGUUUGUGAAGAGUGAGCUGCCGCCGGGUGGAACAGUGCACACGAUCGAGAGCGCCGCCGUGGACGUGGGCGAAGGUGACGUGAUGGACGCCGAGCUGAUUGCGCGUGCCAACGCUCACGUGACGGGAGCCGGUGGCGUGAGGAACGCCGCUACGAGCCUUCGCACCGGCAGCAGCAGCGGCAACCCGCACACCGACGGCGGUCGGGGUAGGACGAAGGGGAAGGGGGGCGGCAGGAACCCGCAGGGAGUGCGGCGCGUGCCGGGGAGGGACGGCGACACCGAUGAGCAAACCGCGACCACUGCCGAGCUUUCCUCGACACCUGCGGAGGCUGACGGGGACGGCGACGACUUGAAAGCGGCCCUCAGCAGGUUGGCUCUCGCCGAGAAGUCUGCCUCCGACGAUGAGGAGGCGGACGGGAGGGGUAGGCGUGGGAAGAGGAAGGCGAAGCGACGCCAGGGACGGCAACCACAGCAGCCGCUGUCGGUCACCCCAAAAGAGGUGGUGGGGGUCGAGGGCCAGGAGGGGAGCGAUGAUGAGGUGCUGGUGAACCGCAAGCAGCGCAAGCAGGCGGCGGCGAAGGUGAAGGCGAAGGAUGACGGUGCACACCAAGGCUGGAGUGAUGAUGGUGACGAUGGUGCUUACGGGCACGGCUGUGAGGAAGGGGAGUCGGGAGAAUGA